AAACAAAACUAAGAAAGUCCUACCAUAAUAAUUGCUACUCCUAAACGAAUGAAGUAGAAAAGACGGAUAACAAAUCAAAUAAAAGCUCCUUUGUUUAGUUCGAUUUCUAAUUAAAAAAAUCUCUACUCUUUGCAACUCUCUAAAAGAAAGAAAAAAUAAUCCCCAUUUUAAAGAAGGCAAAAUCCUAGUAUCAAUAUUCAAAAAAGGCUAUGUCAUAUGGAGAAAGAUCUUUCUACCUCUUUUUCUAUUGUGUCAUUGGUCUCAUCCUCUUCUCAAGCGCCUUGGUCGCAGGUGCAAAUUGCACCUGCGACCAUGAAGAACUAACUCACAACUCUAAAAGUGUUACCCUAAGAUAUAAACUUGGGGCGAUUGCUGUCAUAUUGGUAGCAAGUGCCCUAGGAGUUUCCCUCCCUAUUGUAGGGAAGAAUUUCCUCGCUCUUCACCCUGAGAGCGAGAUAUUCUUCCUUAUCAAGUCAUUCGCGGCAGGUGUGAUUUUAUCCACGGGGUUUAUUCACAUACUCCCCGAUGCCUUUAAGGACCUCACAAACCCUUGCCUUAGUGAAAAACCUUGGAGGAAUUUCCCCUUCACCGGGCUCUUCGCUAUGGUGGGGGCCCUCGGAAGCUUGAUGAUUGACGCUUAUGCCACGGGUUAUUAUCGUAGGAUGCACUUCGGAGAGGCUGCCCCCUCCGAUACUACUGACAAGGAGAAUGGUGGCGCGCAUGCGGGACAUGUCCAUCUUCACUCUCACGCUACACAUGGUCAUGCUCAUGGCUCUGGUCCUCCAGAGGGGUUGUCUGAGUUGGAUCGUAUAAGAUACAAGGUUACCUCACAGGUUUUGGAGAUGGGUAUUGUUGUUCAUUCGGUGAUUAUAGGAUUAUCAUUGGGUACUUCUCAAAGCAUUGAUUAUAUCAAGUCUCUCAUGGCAGCUUUGUGUUUUCAUCAAUUCUUUGAGGGUGUCGGACUUGCUGGAUGCAUAGUACAGGCAUCUUUCAAAUCAGCAUCUACGUUGUGUAUGGCAUUGUUCUUUUCCCUGACUACUCCGGUAGGAAUUGCAAUCGGAAUCGGACUUAGUAUGAGUAAUGUUUAUAAAAAUAAUAGCCCAACUGCACUAAUCAUUCAGGGUUUGUUGAACUCAGUCGCGGCGGGAAUCUUGAUUUACAUGGCACUUGUUGAUCUUCUAGCUCAAGAUUUUAUGAGCCCUAAGUUGCAAACCAACACUAGGCUUUUCUUUGGAGUAAAUCUUACUUUGCUACUUGGUGCUGGUUUUAUGGCUGUCUUAGCCUAUUGGGCUUGAUUUAUCUUAUGUUUGAUUUUCUUAUACCUUUGCUUAGUUUUAAUUUUUAGUUUGGUUUAUUUCAAAUUUGUAAUUAUCAUUCCUAUAAUUUUCAUAACAUCAUAUGCAUGUAUUAUUCUCGCUGUAAGUUUUUUAUGGAAUCGAAAUGUUCCCUAAA